CUCCUCCCACACUAUUCGCUGUCUCCGGCUUCAUUUCCUGGAAAUUCAUUUUAUUCCACACCCACUACUUAUUAUUAUUCAAUUAAACUCAUUGACUGUUAAUUUUAAAGAAUUAAUUAGUUUUCUACAAUAAAUUUUUGGUGCCUUAAUCUCUGAAUAGAGUCUGGACCUUGAUCAUAACUCUGUUAGAUAUGGAUUACUUGGACACGAGACGAUCAAGCAGUCACUCUGGCAGAAUCCUUGCCGCGGCUAUCCUCAUCACAGUUUGUGUUAUCUUCCUCAGGCAGUCAAACGAUCGGAGCAGCCCCAGUCUACUUUCCACUACUUCAAGUGCAAAAUAUGACCAAUUCUCCCGCCACGAACCAGGGGUCACCCAUGUCCUAGUGACAGGAGGUGCUGGCUAUAUAGGUUCUCAUGCUACACUUCGACUUCUGAACGAUUCAUAUCGCGUAACUAUAGUGGACAACCUUUCUCGUGGGAAUCUCGGGGCUGUCAAAGUUCUUCAAGAACUGUUUCCAGAGCCUGGACGGCUUCAGUUUAUUUACGCUGACCUUGGAGAUGCAAAAGCAGUGAACAAAAUCUUCGCGGAGAAUGCAUUUGAUGCAGUGAUGCAUUUUGCUGCCGUUGCUUAUGUUGGUGAAAGUACUCAGGAACCUCUUAGGUAUUAUCAUAAUAUCACAUCAAACACCUUAGUAGUUCUAGAGGCAAUGGCCACACAUAAUGUGAAGACACUGAUCUAUUCUAGCACUUGUGCAACAUAUGGAGAGCCUGAAAAGAUGCCGAUAACUGAGGAAACACCACAAUUCCCAAUUAACCCGUACGGAAAAGCCAAGAAGAUGGCAGAAGAUAUCAUACUUGACUUCUCCAAGACCAACAACAUGGCUGUCAUGAUCCUGCGAUAUUUUAAUGUGAUUGGAUCAGAUCCAGAGGGAAGAUUAGGAGAAGCACCGCGGCCAGAACUACGUGAACAAGGCAGGAUAUCUGGUGCUUGUUUCGAUGCAGCUCGAGGCAUCAUUCCAGGACUCAAGGUAAGAGGAACAGACUACAACACAGCUGAUGGAACCUGCAUUCGAGACUACAUUGAUGUCACUGACCUUGUUGAUGCUCAUGUGAAAGCUCUUGCUCAUGCUAAACCUGGGAAAGUUGGCAUUUACAAUGUUGGAACUGGAAAAGGUAGAUCGGUGAAGGAGUUUGUGGAGGCAUGUAAAAAGGCAACAGGAGUUGAAAUUAAGGUUCAAUUCCUCAGUCGUCGGCCAGGUGAUUACGCUGAAGUUUUCAGCUAUCCUUCGAAAAUAAAUCGUGAACUAAAUUGGUCAGCCCAACAUACCCUUGAAGAGAGUCUGCAGAUUGCUUGGAGGUGGCAGAAGUCGCACAGGAAUGGUUAUGGUGAGCAGUAACAUGUCACAGAGAUGAUUGUAUUUGAAGAUUUUUGUGACUGGAGACUUGAAUUUCAGUGUCUGGGAAUAAAGUAGCAACUUUUAUAAAUGAUGUAAAUUGAGAAAAUCUGACGCUUCUAUAUACACACUCAAAAUAGUUCAUUAUACCUAUCAGGUGCUCAUUCACAGAUGUAUGAGCAAAUGGUCUCUUCUUUCAGUAGCCAUGUUAUUGCAGUGUAAAACUGAAGUUCAUGCGAAGGAAUUAUGAAAUUUCAAUUUAUCAUC